AUGCUGGGCGAGGAAGCCCGUUUCCGGAAUGCUAAGCUGGCCUACUAUCGCGGUGAUUUUGACUGGGCGCAGGGGCAGCUCACCGUCUUAAAAGCAUCGACCUCCGAGCUGAUUGCCAAUGAUGCGCUUUCACUAUCUGUACUGAUCACGGAAAACACACCUGAUAGCAACUAUGCCCCGCUGCUGGCUUAUGCCCGUGCCGAUUUAUUGUUAUUUCAGAACAAGGAUACUGCCGCCAGCCGGCUAUUGGAUAGCGUUGCAAAGGCCUUCCCCAAGCAUACACUGAAUGAUGAUAUACUGAUGCUGCGUUCGGACAUAGCCGUAAAGAAGCGGGAUUACACAACCGCACUCGCCUACCUGAAAGAAGUCUAUGAGAAGUAUGAUAAGGAUGUACUGGCCGAUGAUGCUUUAUUUAAAACAGCCGUUAUCUACGACGAAUACCUGAAGAAACCGGAAGCAGCCCUUAAGUUUUAUGAGCAGCUGGUGAUCGACUAUCCGGGCAGUACCUAUGUACAAACCGCCAGGCAGCGGAUUCAGAAAGGCCCGGCCAAUGCUGCACCCGCUCCGCUAUAG